AACGUCUCUCCCAAGCCCCGUUAUCUCCACUUGACUGUUAAGUCGUCUGCACUCCGGAGGACGCACUUUGAAGGGACUAUAAACUAAGAGCAGAGCAGCAGAGCAGCUGAGCUCACCAACGGCAGGAUUCUCCUGUUUUGUAUUUUUCUGCGGACCUGUUGGCGCUGAGAGCCCGUGAAGAUGCUUCUGUCUACAUUAAAAGGGAUCGGGAAGCAGCUCCUGCGGGUCAAGGUGGUGGACUGCAGCACGGACGAGUCCCGCUUGGCUCGAUGCCUCAACACGUUUGACCUGGUGGCCCUGGGCGUGGGCAGCACGCUCGGCGCCGGCGUCUACGUGCUGGCCGGCGCCGUGGCGCGCGACAGCGCCGGACCCGCCAUCGUCCUCUCCUUCCUCAUCGCGGCCCUGGCGUCCGUCCUGGCCGGCCUGUGCUACGCCGAGUUCGGGGCCCGCGUCCCCAAAACGGGCUCGGCUUACCUCUACAGCUACGUCACGGUGGGGGAACUGUGGGCCUUCAUCACGGGCUGGAAUCUCAUCCUCUCUUACGUCAUUGGAACUUCAAGUGUGGCCAGGGCAUGGAGCGCAACCUUUGACGAGCUGAUUGGAAGACAGAUUGAGUUUUUUUGCAGAAGAUAUAUGACCAUGAAUGUACCAGGAGUACUUGCAGAAUAUCCAGACAUCUUCGCCGUGCUUAUCAUACUAAUUCUGACAGGACUCCUUGCAUUUGGAGUGAAAGAGUCGGCCAUGGUGAAUAAAGUGUUCACCUGUAUCAACGUGGUGGUCCUCCUGUUCGUGAUCAUCUCCGGCUUGGUUAAGGGAAAUCUGAAAAACUGGAGCCUGGACCCGGAGGAGAUCCUGAAUUCCACCGGAAACUUCAGCCUCAAUGUAACUGUCUGGGUACCGGAGAAGGAGAUUCUUGGCAAAGGUGGUUUCAUGCCGUUUGGCUGGACUGGAGUCCUCUCUGGGGCCGCCACCUGUUUUUACGCCUUCGUAGGGUUUGACUGCAUCGCCACUACAGGGGAGGAGGUGAAGAAUCCCCAGAGGGCCAUUCCUAUUGGAAUCGUGGCCUCGCUCCUCAUCUGUUUCGUGGCGUACUUCGGCGUCUCGGCCGCUCUCACUGUGAUGAUGCCGUACUACAUGCUGGACAAGAACAGCCCACUGCCAGUGGCCUUUAAGUAUGUGGGCUGGGAGGGAGCCACUUAUGCAGUGGCCAUCGGCUCUUUAUGUGCACUGUCGACCAGCCUCCUUGGCUCCAUGUUUCCACUGCCACGCAUUAUCUUUGCUAUGGCGCGUGACGGCCUGCUCUUCUCGUUUCUGGCCCGCGUCAGUAAGAGGAAGACGCCCGUCAUCUCCACCUUUAUGGCAGGGCUUUUGUCUGCUGUGAUGGCGUUCCUGUUUGACUUGAAGGACCUGGUUGACCUCAUGUCCAUCGGUACUUUGCUGGCCUAUACUCUAGUGGCGGCCUGCGUUCUCGUCCUCAGGUACCAACCCGAGCAGCUGACCUUGGCCUACGAGAUGGCCAACACCCAGGACGAGCAGGACGAGUCUUACAACGAGGGAAACCUUGACAUCUUACCUCAGCCACAAGAUCACUUCACGAUCAGAAACCUCCUGUCUCCUUCCAACACCGAGCCGUCUCCUCUGUCCGGGCUCGCCGUCAACAUUUGCACCAGCGUGCUUGGUGUUUUGGUGUGUGUUUUUGCCGUCGUGGCUGUUCAGGGAGGGAUGGCGGCCUGGUCUCUGUCUGUGCUCGCCGUCACCGUGGUGAUCUGUCUGAUUCUCGUUGUCAUCGUGCUCAGGCAGCCACAGAGCAAAGCCAAGCUGGCUUUCAAGGUUCCCUUGCUGCCGUUCAUCCCCGUCAUCAGCAUGUUUGUCAACGUGUACCUCAUGAUGCAGCUCGAUAGAGGAACGUGGCUGCGCUUUGCCAUCUGGAUGUUCAUAGGCUUCAUCAUCUACUUUGGUUACGGGAUUCGCAACAGUGCAGAGGCGGCAUUGAGCAGGUCCGACAUCUACACUCCUGCGUGCACGAUAAAGGGAGAGCCCAUGACCACGGAGAAGGUGGCCUUCCUGCGCAACACACAAAACUGUGAGCAGGAUGACGAAGAAUCAUGAGGUUCUUCUAUCUGCUUUGGCUCGGUUCUGCAGAUGAAACUUUGACACGUGGUAAAUGAGUGUUAAACUGUACAUAUGUAAAUGUAUAUGUUUGUGUUUGUAUAUGUUUGUGCCUACUGGACUAUAAACCUUGGUGCUUACAGGUAGCUAUAACAGUGUGACGUAUGGAAACGGCUUUAUAUGUAUACAGUUGUGUGAAAAGGUGUUUGCCCCCUCACACACAUGUUUAUAUCUCUCAGAUGCAGCUUUAUUGGGUUACUUUGUUGCUGAGGAAAGAAGCACAAGACUUUGACUGUUUGAUGCUUUUUAAGAGUUUAGAAAAAGCAACAUGCUGCUGUAGAUAAUCUACAGUUCUCCAUUACCAGUAUCGUCGCGCAUCUACACGAAGGCGUGGAUGAAGUCGCCUUGCAGCAGACCGAAUCAAAGUUUUACCAGAGAUCAAGAGCAGCAGUGUUGUCAUCAUCAGGAGAAUUUGCACUUUUUUUUAUUAAGAAAAAGUGAACUAAUGUGAACUGAAUGAUCAGAUACGACAGAGGAUGUAUUUUGAGUGCUUAUCUCCCAAACAAAUGUUACAAACCCUGCGGGGAUACACUCGAGUAUGGCCUCCCUCCAUCACUUGACUUGACUUGAAAGUAUACAUACACUACAGUGUCUGUUUUUAAAGUACACUUUGGGUUUUAUAUUGGUAGUAGAGCGGAUUUUUUUACUCUAGAAAACCAUUUUCACUUUUUAGUUCACGUUCAUUUAAUUGUGAAGAACAGUCCCAUCAACUAGUCAUGUAGAUUUACGGUUUACAGAACGAACAAACUGUGUUUUUCUGCAUGAAUGGGAAGUUUAAGCAGGAUAUAAAUAACUGCUGGUGGGAAUUAAAAAAACACCGGUUGUGAGUGUGCAAAGAGCCACAUGGCAGCUGAAAUCUGAAAGUUACAUUUCCAAAUAUGUGCGUUUAUUAAAGAAUGAAUAUACAACCAGGUAAAAUAUCCCUUUAAAACGCAACUUUAAAAGGAAGAUUGUGUAUUUAACAUCAGCUCCGUGAACAAAGUGCAUUAAUUAUUAUUAUUAUUUUAUUUUUUUGUUCUAUGCAAGUUCCACUGGUCUGGCCUGAAGUCAGAUUCUGGUAAAUGUUUUAUGUGUCAGAAUAUCUAUAUACAUGAACAGAUGGUAGAGAUUUCUCUGGCAGGGACAUCAGACUACCACAUUAACAAUGUUGUAAAUAAAUGCUGUGUUUGUCACUGAACUUUAAGGCAACGUAGAAAAAUGUGUUUCAUAAACUUGUUUUGUUGGGGUUUUUUUGUUUUCCUGUGUCUCAAAUACUUUUCACAAUUUCCUGGUAUAUGUGUAAGUUAGCAGGACAUUAAAUACUUUAAGUAAGUGCCUGUUAGAGAUGUCGUCUCUUUAGCAUUUAGUUUCAGUCUUUGUAAAUACACUUUUGGCAUUAUGUUCAUGGCGCUGCAAUAAUGUGGAGAGUAUCUUUAGUGCCUUUUGCGGUGUUCGCUGUGUGCCAGAGAGCAGGCAAAACCAAAGCUGGUUUUUAUUAUGUGCAUGAAACAUGCAAACAUCUGUUUCAUGGAAGCAUUUGCUUGCUACGGGGAGAAAAAAAAAGUUGAUACCAAUUUUUAUUACGCUGCUAAUGUAUCUUGUAAAUGUCAGAUGUAUGCUUGACAUGGGUUUUGGUUUGUAAUGUCCUUGCUGUAAAUAAAUAAAUGCUUAAAGUUAAAAGCCCAAA